AAUUUCUAGGCUUAAUUUUUUCCCCUUAUCAAAUUUCUCUUUUCUUUCUCUCUCUACUUUCUCUCUCCGUCGUAGCGGUCAUCGACGGCGGCUCUUCUUCUUCCUCCUCUAUCCAUUUGAUGGAAAACGGACCGCCACAGCCGUCAGGUAGUAGCCCACCUCCAAAACCCUGGGAACGAGUUGGUUCUUCUUCAAGCCCUGCACCUUUUAAGCCUCCCUCUGCUGGUAGCACGAGUGACGUAGUAGAGGCAUCUGGAACAGCCAGGCCUGGUGAGAUUGUUUCAACUGCUAAUGGGAAUACAGCUGUUAAUAAUAGCACACUUGCAAGGCCUGUACCUACUCGACCUUGGGAGCAGCAGCAAACUUACGGUAGCUCAUACGGAGGUAUGAGAUGUUUAGUUAAUUUUCCCUCUUACUCUUUUUUGUGCCUGUUCUGUUUUUCCAGCAUGAGGGUUGGCUGUCUGAAAUCCAUUAUUACAAACAUGUCUGUUGAUACCUUUUUCACUAGCACAGCUGUUUUGUGGUUUGUAAAUAACUAUUUGUAUUCUUUUACAUCCUUAAGGUUCACUCUUGAUAUUAUAAAUACUAGCAACCUUGCAUUAAAAGCCUCUUUUGGAAUUAAGAGCUACUUGAUUUUAAUUCAAUUGCAACCCAAUUCCUACUUUAUUUAUACUUUGUCCUCCCUGUUUGAUCGCUCAGGGUUAUUAUAUGGAGAGCUGGCAAGAUUUGUGCCGAGAUUGCUGGGGGUCAAAACAAAGGCCAAUAAAAUUCAUCCCCCAAGCGCUAAUGCACCUCAUGGCCCUAAUGCACUUCCUGGUCCUCACCAACCUCAUGGUAAUCAGAACUUUAUUGAGGGGCCUAAGGCUGCUCCAGGUGCUGCAUGGAACGAUGUGUGGGGUGAUAAAGCACAGUGAUAUAGAGUAGUGACUUACAAAUGUCACCUACCAUCGGAAGCCGUUGACAACAAGUUGCAGUUUGUUGAAAGCUACAGUAUAGAUAAGAGCUAUGCUGGUGUACUCAUAUGUAAAGCCAAUCAGCUUACUGGGCUGGAUUGAUUUGCUGCAUUUAAAUGAAUAAUAAUCUCGACUCCCCCUCCCUCCCCCCCCACCUCACCCCCUUCCCCUGCCAUAUUUGUGUGGGAUUGUAGGUUGUUAUAGAUCAAUGUGCACGUCAGUUUUGGAGACUGAACAACAUCGUUCUAGAAAUGAUGUGGUAUGAUUUCCAUUGAUUGGCGAUAAGAUGUUUCAUUGUUACAUCAUUUGUGUAAAUUCACCAAAUGCGAAGUUCUCAAUUUAUUUGACGAAUAUCUUAUUUGUUAUA